GCUUAAACUGCUUUUGAUAUUCUGUUUUAACCAAAAUCAAUUAACGAAAAGUGGUAGAAAGCUCAUGUCUCAAGAGAAGAAGGGCUAAUUGAAGCAUUAUAAUCAAGCUGCACCAACUCCAUCAUAAAUAUUACCAAAAAAACAAAACACCAAAAUUUUGGAAAGAAGAAUAUAAUCACGCUAGUGAAAAAAUAAUUAGAGAAAGCCGACAGAUUUGCAAAAUAUCACCUAACCCACAUCUUCUUACACGACCGUCAGAUUUUGAUGCAAGUAUCAUCAAAGACAAUCACAUAAUCAAAAUCUCUGCUUUAUAUCAUAAAGUCCAGUUUUUUACAGCUGCCCUUUUGCUUCAGACUCGGAUUUUCUCCAUUGAAGCUGGAUUUCUAAGGGAAAGCUAGAAACAAAAAAGUUGAGAGAGAGCUUUGGAUGGUGAAGCUCAAAAACAAAGCAAUGGGCUUCAAAGUUUGUUUCUUUGUCAUCUUAAGUUGUCUUCUUCUAGCUCCAGAGACAACAAUGGCUCAAGAACUGAAGCGUGUAUCGAUCGUUAUUGAAGGAGCUCGUCGAGUCUCUGAGACUGACGAGAACUUUGUCUGUGCGACAUUGGACUGGUGGCCACAUGACAAGUGCAACUAUGAACAAUGUCCUUGGGGCUACUCUUCAGUUAUCAAUAUGGACUUGACCAGACCCCUUCUUUCUAAAGCUAUUCAAGCUUUCAAGCCGUUGAGGAUAAGAAUUGGCGGUUCACUGCAAGAUCAAGUGACUUAUGACGUAGGAAAUCUCAAAACUCCUUGCCGUCCAUUCAGAAAAAUGAACAGCGGUUUGUUCGGAUUCUCUAAAGGAUGCUUGCAUAUGAAGCGAUGGGACGAGCUCCACAGUUUCCUAACCUCAACGGGAGCUGUAGUUACUUUUGGUUUAAACGCUUUGAGUGGGAGACACAAACUCCGCGGGAAGGCGUGGGGUGGGGCUUGGGAUCACGUAAACACUCAAGAUUUCAUUAACUACACAGUCUCAAAGGGUUACGCUAUUGAUUCUUGGGAAUUUGGAAACGAGCUAAGUGGAAGCGGGGUUGGAGCGAGUGUGAGCGCAGAGCUUUACGGGAAAGACUUGAUUGUACUUAGAGAUGUAAUCAACAAAGUUUAUAAAGACUCUCGGUUAGUCAAGCCUAAACUUGUCGCUCCUGGAGGAUUCUAUGAACGACCAUGGUACUCCAAACUUCUUCAGAUCUCUGGUCCUGGUGUUGUUGACGUUGUGACUCAUCAUAUGUACAAUCUUGGUUCAGGAAAUGAUCCUGCGCUGGUAAAGAAGAUACUGGAUCCGAGUUUCUUAAGCAAGGUAUCUGAAACAUUCAAGGAUGUGAACCAGACAAUUCAAGAACAUGGACCGUGGGCUUCUCCUUGGGUUGGAGAAUCUGGUGGAGCUUACAAUAGUGGUGGCCGUCAUGUUUCGGAUACAUUCAUUGAUAGCUUCUGGUAUCUAGAUCAGCUUGGAAUGUCGUCGAGACACAACACUAAAGUUUACUGCAGACAGACUCUGGUUGGUGGGUUUUACGGCUUGCUCGAAAAGAACACGUUUGUUCCAAAUCCAGAUUACUAUAGCGCUCUGCUUUGGCAUCGGUUGAUGGGAAAAGGUGUUCUCGCGGUUCACACAGAUGGACCGCCACAGCUACGGGUGUACGCACAUUGUUCAAAAGGAAGAGCUGGUGUGACGUUGCUUCUGAUAAAUCUAAGCAAUCAAUCGGAUUUUACGGUUAGUGUCAGCAAUGGCAAAAAGUUGGUUAUGAAUGUGGAAUCGAAGAAGAAGAAGAAGUCAUUGUUGGAUACAUUGAAAAAAACAUUUUCUUGGAUUGGAAGCAAAGCUUCUGAUGGAUAUUUAAAUCGAGAAGAGUAUCAUCUGACACCUGAAAACCGUGACUUGAGGAGCAAAACAAUGAUCUUGAAUGGUAAACCGUUAAAACCGACUGCAACAGGAGAUAUCCCGAGCCUUGAACCGGUCAUCCGUGGUGUAAACUCUCCUGUUAACGUCUUGCCAUUGUCGAUGGCGUUCAUUGUGUUGCCUAAUUUUGAAGCUUCUGCUUGUUCAUGAAGUUAUUGGAAACAAAAAAAAAGUAUAAGAAAAAGGGGAAAGAUGUAAUUUUAUUGGUAAUUGUAUCUAUUGAUGGUAAUAAAGGUACAAAUUUCUAUUUCAAAUGAAAAAAAUUAUACAUGAUA